UAAACUUAUUAAAUAGAUGAAAUGCUUUUAGUUGGCAUUGUCUUAGUUUCCCUUUUAAACUUUGCCGCCUUCACAUUAUUGUCAAUUACACUUGGUUCAAAAGCCGGUUCAUCUUUAUGGCACAUUGACACAACCAACUUGGAAGAGUUCGAAGAUGACAUGUUAACAGCAGGAUAUUGGAAUUACUGUUUGGGAAAUAAGAGUUAUCUAGCAUGUGCGCGGCUAGACGAUGAAGCACUAAAAAUGUGGGGGCAUACACGGACUCCAUACGUUGGGUUUGCUAUAUCCGCUUGGCUUUGCUGUGCUUGCAUUGGUAUCAAUUUCCUCCUCGACAUUGUUUUACUUGGAGUGAGCUGGACUUCGUCGGGUGAGGCUUGUACAACAAGUUGUCGCAUCUCUUCGGUGAUACUUUUCUUCUUAUAUGCUUUGGAGUGCACUUCAUCGAUCAUCUCCUACAUUGUUGCAAAAAAUAAGUUCAAACACGUUGCGGGUCACGAAACCUCCGCAUCAGUAUCAGUGGACCUAAUCUUAGCAUCACUAUGCAUUAGCUUAUUCCGAGCAGCUUUUGUUUCGCUUUGGGCGUUCCCUUAUUUCUUAGGGCUUGUUUCCAUUUUAAAUGACCGGUUUUCAACAUAUAGACAAAGGCGAAGACGCGAAGCUGCUGUCACCAGAUUUAUGCAAAGGCGAAGGACAGACGUUCCUGUCACCCGAUCUCCGACGACUCAAUGUGAACAAAACAUGAUUCACGAGCUGCAAGUGGUUCCCAGAAUUACUUCUACGGCCAGACCUGAACUAUUACGAAACUCAAAAGUAGCCCCAAUGCCAUAUCCAGUUCGAGGCCCAGACACAGAUAAUGAUCAACACAAUAGAACUGAACGUGCACUGGAAGUCCGGCUCUCCGAUCCGAACCCAGAUACGCCAGAGAUAUGUACUAUAUGCUGUAUUGGAAAGCAAAAUAUGAAAAUAAAGAACUGUGGACACAAACUGUGCCAUGAAUGCGGCGAUAUAAUUCAAAGGGAUGGCUAUAAAUGUCCAUGGUGCCGAGGAACAAUAAUGGGACUUGACAGAAUCUUAGACUAACCCUAAAGCAAGUUACCUGAGUUUUACUAAUAUUAGUUAGUAGAUCAAGCGACCUACCAGGUGGCUCGAGCAAUCAUGUUUUUCCAGUUGGUAUAACUUUAUAAAGUUUUAAGAAAUUAAAACUCAUUGAUCAGAAUGGAAAAACUGAGAGCAAGGCUCAAAAUUAAUUGUUCCUAACCAAAUGCUGGCUAAUUUUUUUCUAAGCAAGUCAAUUAAUUGAUCCUAACCAAAUGCUGGCUAAUUUUUUUCUAAGCAAGUCAAUUAAUUGUUCCUAACCAAAUGCUGGCUAAUUUUUUUCUAAGCAAGUCAAUUAAUUGUUCCUAACCAAAUGCUGGCUAAUUUUUUUCUAAGCAAGUCAAUUAAUUGUUCCUAACCAAAUGCUGGCUAAUUUUUUUCUAAGCAAGUCAAUUAAUUGUUCCUAACCAAAUGCUGGCUAAUUUUUUUCUAAGCAAGUCAAUUAAUUGUUCCUAACCAAAUGCUGGCUAAUUUUUCCAAUGCAAGUCAAUUAAUUGUUUCUAUCCAAAUGCUGGAUAAUUUCUCCCAUGCAAGUCAAUUAGUUGUUCCUAACCAAAUGCUGGCUAAUUUUUCCAAUGCAAGUCAAUUAAUUGUUCCUAUCCAAAUGCUGGCUAAUUUUUCCAAUGCAAGUCAAUUAAUUGUUUCUAUCCAAAUACUCGAGAAAUUAACGACAGGAAGAAAACUUUUUAAUUCACCCAACUCAAUUGAGUGUCUUAUGUAGCCAUCAAGUUUUAAGAAGCCUAGAAUCUCCAAAAAAUUGUUAAAUAUUUUAUACUUAUACGCAAUGAAUAGCUCUUAUUUUCAAAAAAAUGAUAAUAACUGGCUUUAAAAAGAGUUAAACGAUAUCUUCAGGAUCGGAUUUAGGGGGGGGGGGAUUCGGCGGAAGCCCUCCUCAUAGGAAUUUGACCGCCUGCCCACCCAAAGGUUCUCCCUUUUGUACUAUUUUGAGGUACCAUUUUUGGUGACGGAA